GCCCAGUUCGUGUCCUCUUCUCACAAAUCUAAAUAUCUGCCGUUGGAUUAGAUCACGUCGCACCCAUUGUUGUACACCUCAGCACAUCUUAUCAACGCCGUCGUCAUCUUCUUCCCAGUCUUUCCCCUCCCACCUAUCAGAUCUGAACACGCUGUUAGCCUGUUACUCUCUCUCUCGGGUUUUUAAGGGGGAAGAAGCGAUAAUAAAGGUCGAGAGAGAAAGUAAGGUGGUGUGCCAGUUUUCCCCUUUAGGAGGAGAGGCGAUGGUGGAGGCGCAGACAUGGACAACGAGGAGGGGGAGCAAUCCGAGGCUGGAGACGACGGAGCAAGUGGUGGACAUUCCGGCGACGCCGCCGGGGGGCGUGCGGAAUAGCGGCAACGCCAUUGGAUCGUUCCUGUCGCCGAAUGUGUUGACGGCUCUGAUAAUUGCGUCUUGGUAUUUGUCAAACAUCGGCGUCCUCCUCCUCAACAAGUAUCUCCUCAGCUUCUAUGGCUACCGCUACCCAAUCUUCCUGACCAUGCUCCACAUGCUAUCGUGCGCUGGAUACAGCUACGCCGCCAUCAACUGGCUUGAGCUUGUACCCCUCCAGCACAUUCUGUCUCGCCGUCAGUUCCUCAAGAUCUUCGCCCUCAGCGCCAUCUUCUGCUUCUCCGUUGUCUGCGGCAAUACCUCUCUGAGAUACCUUCCGGUGUCGUUCAAUCAGGCCAUUGGGGCAACGACGCCGUUCUUCACCGCAAUUUUCGCCUUCUUGAUUACUUGCAAGAAGGAGACUGGUGAGGUGUAUUUGGCACUGUUGCCGGUGGUGUUCGGCAUCGUUUUGGCGAGUAACAGUGAGCCAUUGUUCCAUCUGUUUGGGUUUUUGAUUUGCAUUGGAUCCACUGCUGGGCGUGCUCUGAAAUCAGUGGUUCAGGGGAUAUUGUUGACAUCUGAGGCUGAGAAGCUCCACUCAAUGAAUUUGCUGCUGUAUAUGGCUCCAAUGGCGGCUUUGAUUCUACUCCCGUUUACUCUUUACAUAGAGGGAAAUGUGGCCGCUUUCACGGUGGAGAAAGCCAGGGGGGAUUCCUUUAUCAUAUUUUUGUUGAUUGGGAAUGCGACGGUGGCGUAUUUGGUGAACUUGACCAACUUUUUGGUCACAAAGCACACCAGUGCAUUGACACUGCAGGUGCUGGGGAAUGCCAAAGCGGCGGUAGCAGCAGUAGUGUCGGUGUUGAUUUUCCGGAAUCCGGUGACGGUGAUGGGAAUAACUGGCUUUGCUGUUACAAUAAUGGGGGUGGUGCUUUACAGCGAGGCGAAGAAGAGAUCCAAAGUUACAACUCAUUGACAAUGAAAAUUGAUUCCAUACACGGGUGCGGCUCUGUCUUUUACUUUAUUCAUCGCUUUUGCUUUUGAAUUCUAAUUAGGCUUUGUUGGAAGGGGAAGAAAAGAAAGAAGGGAAAUUUGGAUAGGAAGAAUGAGGGAUUCGAUUCGAUUGUAUAGGAUGAUGCAGUAAAAGUAAAGGGUUAUGCUCUUUUCUUUUCUUUUCAGUUUUCUUCAAUUUGUUCUUCAAUGGGGUAGUUCAAGAGAAUAAAAUUCUCUCACUUUCCCCUGCAUGCAAUCUUAUGUAUUGUUUGCUGAACUUAGAACACACAAGAACACUCCACUUCAUUUUGUUAAACAUUUUUAUUUUCUGUUAUUAUGCCGUCUCAUUCUUUUA